GCCUCUCUGCCCAUCCGUCGGUUGAGUGGGAAAUUCGUUGGUCGGGUUUCAUGCAAUAUGCUCGCAUCCUCUCGGUGUACUCGCAUGGCGCCCAUGUUUUGUGUGCAUAACAAUUUCGAUUCCAUUUGGUGGCUGAAAAGAUUGAUAUAAAGCAAUGUUAUAAAAUAUGCAAGGAUGUAUUUAUGAGAACCAUGAUGAGAAGCAUUGUUUUACACAUCUGGCAGAGAGUGCGAGAGGGAGAGACAGACGCCAGAGUCUGGAUCGCAGGCCGAGAAAAGAAGCACAGACAGCCAGCUCCAGCGGGGCUUUCGCUCGCCCCAAGUUUCCCAUCAAAUUGUGCCGCUCCGAGGGGUUGGCUCGGUGCAAAUUCCCACGUUUUCCUCAUCACACACGUCCCGACAAAACCUUGGAACCACCUGAGCCACGCGAAGACUUGCCCAUUCCACGUGCCUAUCGAUCUGGCCAGACUCAUCAUUCCAAAUCUCGACGACAUGGGUAUGGAAUAUUCGAGGGAAAGUCUACGCGUGGUUGGAUGAUCCCUGGUCAUUUCGUUCUGUGUUCACUACUGUACCUUGCACAUCCAGACCUUUUGUUUCUGUUCGGAAUUCGUCAUCGUCGUCGGCUUCGGUAGCCGCAUUGCUUUUAUAGUUCCCAGCGAGUGGUAGAUUGCGCCCGUCGUUGUGCCUCUCGAAU